AAGCAACAAACCUUUUUAUCUCUAGCUCUCUACCUUGAUCUCUACCUUGAUCUUUACCUCUAGAAAGUCAACUAAGAAACUGUCAACCACAAUGAAGCUCGCUCUCGCCUCCUCUCUGCUCCCCCUGCUGGCAGCCGCCGUGCCCACCUCCCUGCCCAACGGCGCAGAGCAACCAGCAGCCUUCACCGUCAUGGCUGCCCGCUCUGCAUCGCCCAUCCACUUCCUUCCUCUAACAGCUUCCGGCCAAUCUUUCUGGCUGGGCGGAAACACAACAACAUACUGCCCUCUCCCCUCGAACUGUCCCCCGGGCAACACGACAGUCCUCGCCGGUAACGGCGGGUCUCUUAGCGUCGUCGUUCCCGGUGGUCAGCAAAUUUACGUCGACCCAACUGGCGCGCUUAGAUUUACGCAAGCCCACUCGGCCUACAUCCCGCCGGGCUCCUCCUUAGGGCCCUUCGAGUACAUCCCUGGCCCUGAGGGCUCAGUAUUCGGACAUUACAUGUACAGCGGAUGGGGCGCGAGCGGUUUUAUGGCCUGCCCAACGGAGGAUAACCGCUGGAAGGUGUUUGGGGCGCUGGGGAAUGCGACUGUUCCCAGUGGUGAUGUGGAAGACUGUCUUGGGUUCUCGGCAAUUGCGGUGCCCAGUGAGCUUGUCGGGCAGACUUGGCAGUAUGUCUAGGUUUAUUUUGAGGGAUGGAGUGGUGGAGCCCUAGGGGGGAAACGUGAUAUGAUGGAUCUACAGUAAUGGAUGGCUCCGGAUAAGAAGGGGUAUGGAUAUACUUUUGGAUGACUGGGUGUUAACUGCAAAGUAUAUAGCAUUGUAUUUUAGCUUAGCAUAGCGAGGUGAUUAAUAUAUAAUUUACUUGAG